AUGUCGAAUAAAGACGGAUUGGAGGACGCAUUCGGACAACUCUCUAUCGAUAGACACGCAAACGGACGUCACGACCCAAAUCCCCUCACUUUUUCCGAUUUGACGGAUUCCGCGAUUCUUAAAGUUGUUAAUAAGUGUAAACUGAGAGAUCAAUGGACUCUCCGAAAAGUGUCGAAACGUCUUCGUACCCUUGUUGACAGUGCUCGACACAGAUACAAUGAUUUGAAAUUCAGUUGUAGACGAGAUCAUAUUCUAUAUGAGCUUGGAUCAGCGAAAGUAGUGUAUGCUGGAGUUGAUUGGAAUUCGAAAGUUGUGUUCUCGAAUAUGACUUACUUAUCGAAGUAUCAACCAGAUAAAAAAAUUGCGAUAUCUGUCGAGAAGAAAUGCAAAUUGUUAAAAUCGGAGGAUUAUUAUAAAAUGGCAUUCGAUGAUUUGGCUAUCGCGUUGAAAAACGCGAAAAUAGAAGUGGAAUCGUUGACUUUCGAAUAUUGCGCUGAUAACCCGAAUAUGCCAAGAGCAAUUCAAAAUGUAGAAUCAAGCAAGAGAUUCUAUGAAAAGAUGAGAAAUCUCCUCUGCUCAUUGGAUCAUAAACUAUUCGUCAGAAGACUGAAACUAGUCGUAAAAGAUCCUGAUGACGUUUUGGCGAUUCUUCCUUAUGUGGUACCCGUCUUUCUCCAAGAAAUCGCAAUUAAUUCGGAGGUGGCGAGCAAGAGUUGGCUUGAUCAGGAGGGAAUCGAUAAAAUUGUGAAUUUGGAGCAGUGGAUGAAAGCUAUAGACCUUCUAAAAACAAAGAAUAUUUUCGAGUUCUUCCCAAUGGAGCACCUCAUGCAUUUCGAACGUUUCAGAAUUUAUCAAUCAUUCGUUGAUACCGAAUUUCUGUUGAAACUUAGAGAGCUCUUCUCAAAAAUGGAAAACUUCGACAACUGUUAUAUCGAAUCAAGAGAUCAAUUCGACUCUGAAUUCCUCGCGAAACACGUCGGCAAACCCGCUUCACCAACCCAAUGGUCUUCCAAUGUCUGUCGCUAUCAGAUCCCCGAUUCUAUUAGAGUCCUGGAGUUCCAAUUCCAUGGAAUCCCAUAUAACAGUAUCAGCAUCACGAAAUUAACUUUGAUAGCGAGACGUUCACAUAGUCACCGAUCUUAA